GAAAAGUUUCAUUCAGGACAACAAGCUGAAAUCCCACAUGCUUCUCCACGGUGCUUCAAAGUCCUUCAUGUGUGACCUGUGUGGAAAGACUUUUCUUUACAACUGCCAGCUGCAGAAACACCAGAAAGGGACUCAUGAUGAAAGACACGGGCAGGUCAUCAGAAGACGAACUCGAGAGCGAGGUAACCGCAGAGUCAUCUAUCGACGGGACAGAACGACAGUAGACGUGACGCCGUUCAGCUGCAAGACCUGCCGCAAGGGCUUUGACUCUGCGAGUUCACUGAGAAGACACGAGCAAAUUCACACGGGUCAGAUGCAGUACAACUGCGAGACAUGUGGGAAGUCUUUUUUCUACAAAGCCACGUACGACUACCAUCAACGGAUCCACUCGGGCGAACGUCCGUUCGGUUGUGACCUUUGCGGGAAAAGGUUCAUCAUCCCUCAGGCUCUCAAGUCCCACAAACUGCAGCACUCUGGAGAGAAACCACAUAAAUGCGAGCAGUGCGGCAAGGCCUUCAGGAUCUACACAAACCUCCUCAGACACUUGCGCGUCCACACGGGGGAGAAGCCCUACGAGUGUGAAGUUUGUGGAGUGAGGUUCAGGCAACUCGGGCACGUGAAGUUUCACAUGCAGGUCCACACAGGAGAGAGACCGUAUUCCUGCAGCAGCUGUGGUCUUGGAUUUUCAGACUCACGGUUGUUAAAGAGACACAACUGUGCUGAGAAAUACCAGAAGAGUUUAGGGAACACUGUCUCUACACCUGUCGCAAUGUCAGAUUUGGAGGCACAGGUAGGCUCCGUUUUGGAGAUAAUGGUGAAUGCUACGGUGACAGAAAUGACCAAAGUUAUCGGCGGCUCUGCAUCAACAUCAGAAAUGUCAUGUACGACUGAAAACACACACGGUUCCCCGGAAGAGAAGAGGAUCCAGUUCAGCGUCUUCGUGACGUCUCGGGCUCAAGAAGCUGUGGAGAAGAUCUGCCAGCUUUUCCACCAAUGUUCCUCUCUGCUGCAGCUGGAGGUGACACAGGGUGUUGCAGAGAUUGAGGACCUGAGGAGGAGACUGGAGGAGGCAGAGACGGAGCUGAAGCUGGUGCUGGAGGCCAGCGGAGGCCAGAUGGAGGCGGAGGAGCUGACGGAAGGAAGUAGUGGAGAGAAAGAGGGAAGCAGCGCUCAGACUAACGGAGCAGAGCCGGUCCAGAGCCAGCACUCCGGGAGGAAGAGUCGCAGAGUUAUGGCGAGCGAUGAUGUUUCAGUGAAGAGAUCGCCCAUAAUUCAUCUGUGGAAAGGCCGAACUUAUGAGGACAGUGUCCAACCUGUGAUAAUAAAGGAGGAAGGAUUCGAGGCGUUCGCUGACCAGGCGUCCUCUGAUUCCGGUCAGUACAGAGAUGAUCCGAGCCCGGAAGAUGACAACGACCCAGACUACCAGAUAGAGCCAGAAGAUCCAGAUGACUGUGACCCAGGAUUCACUACCAGACCUAAACGUGUUGUAAAGCCCAAGUCCCAUCGAGUCCGAGCAAAGAAGGAGAGUCAGAGUCAAAACCAGCAGCCUCUGAGCUGCAAACACUGCAGGAAAACCUUCACCAAGCUGCUGCAGCUGAAAGCUCACCAGGCUGUGCACGGGAUGAACGCGGAGAAGCCCUUCCGCUGCUCUCAGUGUGGCAGAGGCUUCUCGUUCCAGCGAAGCCUCAAUGCACACAUGCUGCUUCAUACAGGUGAGAGACCUCACACCUGUGAUGUUUGUGGAAAGGGUUUCACCCUGAAGCAGCUGCUGAGGAACCACCAGCGUCUCCACGCUGAGGUCCGUCCGUUUCGCUGUGAACAGUGCGGUAAGAGCUUCUACCGAGCCCACGGCCUGAAAAUGCAUCACAUGGUCCACACGGGAGAGCGGGCCUAUAACUGCCAGUACUGCAACAAAAGCUUCACAAUACAAGGUAACCUGCAGCGCCACCUGCGCAUACACACGGGGGAAAAGCCGUUCAGGUGCGAGACUUGUGGCAAAAGCUUCAACCAGGCUGACACUCUGAAAGGCCAUCAGCGGAUACACACUGGUGAGCGUCCCUUCAGCUGUGAGACCUGCGGCAAGUGUUUCAUCCAGAAGAGUGCCUUGAAGAUGCACCAGAAGACCUCUCACGCAGGCUCGAGGGAGAGGUCGCUAGCAUGCGUAGCAUGCGGCACUACGGUGACCUGUGUCGACUCGCUUCGCAAACACCUCCAGACACACGCGGCCACUAUUCCGUGUACGUGUGUGCUCUGUGGCCGGCGGCUCAGCUCCAUCACCGACCUGCGCUCGCACCAGCAGCACCACACAGUGGACAGGCCUCAUAGCUGCGGCCUCUGCGGGAAGAGCUUCAAGUCGUCCAGUUACCUGAAGAUUCACCUGAAGACGCACAGCGGGGAGAAGCCCUUCUCCUGCGACAUCUGCGGUCGCAUGUUUACACAGCACAGCAGCCUUAAAUCACAUCAGGUUGUCCACACAGGAGAGAAACCGUUCAGCUGCGACACGUGUGGUAAAUGUUUCAGCAACACAGGAAACCUGAACAGACAUCAGCGCAUCCACACCGGGGAGAAGCCGUUCAGCUGCGACACGUGCGGACGCAGCUUCAACCAGGGCAACAGCCUGAAAGCCCACCAGCAGAUACACACCGGGGAGAAACAGUUUAUGUGCGACAAGUGUGGGAAGAGUUUCUCCUACCUGAGGAACCUCAAGGACCAUAAGUGUUUCUACGUCUGAUGAGGCGUCAGCCCUGGUGACAGAGCGGAUGGCGUAGGCUUCCCUAACCUGUCGAGAAUUACAUGAGUGGACGGAUAAUAAGAGAAGACUUUGCUGUGAAAGUGGUUUUGGUAAUUAUGAAGUCUGGUUCUCCAGAUUUGUUUCACUGUGAAACUGUCAAAGAAAGUGGUGAUGAUAGACGCAGUGUUCGGAUUAUUAUUAUUAUUAUGGAACAAAUAAAUGAACCACCUUUAGUUGAAGUUGGAAAAAGGUUUAGAUGAGCAGCUUUUAUAAAAUUCAUUAUUGUAAUUAUUAUUAUUUGAAGCUGGUUACUACAACAAAAAGAGUUAAACUAGUUAGCGCCACAAUUGUAAGAACAGACCUCAUUAAAAAACGUUCCCUUUAAUUGAAGUUUUUGACUUGGCGACCAAUGUGACAAAUGGAUGUAAAAGUGUCGUUUUCAUUACUUUCCCCAAUUUUACUAGAGAUAUCAUAAAUGAUAUUUCCAGCCACACAAGUAGUAUUUUGCAGACGGAUGUUGAAUGACUUCCCUGACCUAAGGGGUGAACUCUAAGACUGUAAAGUGUGACUGACAGACUUUAUUGUUUGCUGCUUUUCUCAGGAUUUUUAAACAACCCUAUUUAAGUUGUGAGACUGAUGAUCAUAAUGUUUAACCAACUUCAGGAGCGAUUUUCUUUUCUUGUUUCAGAUGAUGAUCUCCAACAGAUUAAUAAGAUACAACUGAUGUUUUGGAAACGGAAGUUAUGUACAUUAGAAGAGCCGAUGUGCUGACUGAGAACAAUACCGAAACAAGGUUUAAGAAUGUUUCAACCGUAAUUUAUAUUGUGUAGUGUAUAUAAGUUAUAUCAACUUUGUGACUGAGUCAAACUGAUAAACAUUGACAUUCAA